AUGUUCAAUUGGCUCAGUUAUCAGACAUGGCUCAACAAGAAUACAAGAUGCUUGGUGACAAAUUCUUCACACACAAAGGAAUGGUGUUACCUACAAAAGGCCUUCAUUUAAAUUCUCCAGAAUAUAUAGACAGUUUGAAGGAUUUUGAAAUAAGAGAUGAUGACGUCUUUGUCGUUACCUUCCCGAAAUCUGGAACGGUUUGGAGCCAGCAAAUCCUGACCUCACUGUAUGAAGAAGAUUUCCCAGAGAAAGUAAAUGAAACAACGUAUGAGCGAAUGCCCUGGCUGGAGCUUUUACAGAAGGGGAAAGAUUACACCUCACGUCCAUCCCCAAGACUCUUCUCUACCCAUUUACAUGAGCACCUGAUUCCCAAAGGAUUGCAAGGAAAAGGAAAAAUCAUCUACAUUAUGAGAAACCCAAAAGACAUCAUGGUGUCCUACUUUCAUUUUUCAAAAAACAUGAAAAAUUUUGAACAUUCAGAGAGCUACGCUGACUUGAUGGAUAAGUUUUUCAUAGGACGGAUGCUCGGUGGAUGUUGGUUUGACCACAUCAGAGGAUGGAUCUCAAAUCAAGACAAAUACAACAUCUUGUUCUUGACUUAUGAAGAGAUGAUCAAGGAUCUGAGAUCUGUCAUUGUGAAUAUCUGUAAGUUUGUUGGAAAGAAUCUGUCAGAUGCUGCGAUUGAUAAAGUUGUGGAAAGGGCAACUUUUAACAACAUGAAGCAAGAUCCCAAAGCCAACUAUGAUUUCAUGCCAAAGAUUGUCACAGACCAACCAAAAGGACUAUUUGUGCGCAAAGGAACAGUUGGAGAUUGGAAAAACUCAUUAACUGUAGCUCAGAAUGAACGCUUUGACUGCGUCUACCAAGAGAAAAUGAAGGGACUACAACUUAACUUCAUCUGGGACAUCACUGAAUUAAAUAACUGAACACAAACAGUGUCUAUUAGUAGACUACAAAACUAGAGUACUCAAAAUUAAACCAAUUAUCUAAAAACAUUUAAAGGAAAACACCACAUUUUUUCAAUAUUUUACUAUGUUCUUACCUCCACAGAUAAAUUAAUACAUACCUAUCUUUUUUCAAUUUGUGCACUUAAUCUUUGUACAGUGCCUUGUGAAUAUGUUAGCAUUUAGCCUAGCCCCAUUCAUUCCUUAGGAUCCAAACAGGGAUGAAUUUAGAAGCCACCAAACACUUUUCACUAUUUAAAGACUAUUACAUGAGUAGUUACAAGAGUAAGUAUGAUGGCACAAAAUAAAACGUGGCGAUUUUUUAAGCGAAUUUCUCAUUUUUUAUGUGCUUAAAAUCGCUACGUUUUAUUUUGUGCCACCGUAGUUGUGUAACUAUUCAUGUAACAGUCUUUAAAUAGGGAAAACAUGGAAGUGUUUGGUGGCUUCUAAAUUCAUCCCUGUUUGGAUCCUAAGGAAUGAAUGGGGCUAAGCUAAAUGCUAAUACAUUCACAACGUGCCGUACAAAAAUAAAGUGCAUGCAUUAAAAAAGGAAAAUGAUGUAUUAAUACAUCUAAGUUGAGGUAAGAACACAGUAAAAUAUUGAAAAACUGUGGUGUUUUCCUUUAAGUAAACAACGUAAAUUCUUUAAGUGAAUAAUAUUUGUAAAUUACAAUUAAUCCAAGCUUAAAUGUUUAUAUUUCAUCGUAUUUAAUAUUUAAGUACACUAUGUUUAAAAUAACUGUUUUAGUGUUUACCAUAUUAUGUUUUGUUCACUAAUUACUGAAACAGAUGUGUAUGUAAAUGUGAAGAAACUGAUCUCAGUUUUAGUAUUGACUUCACACAGUUAUUGUUAAAAAUGUUAAAGCAACACAUCCAACACACAGCCUAAGCACAGGAACUAUACUUAUAAACAAUGACAACCACAAAAAAAUCUCCAACAUAAAUAAACGUUUAACACUA